UGGCUGCUUGCUGAAAUGGUGAAAGGAAAGGAGACUAGUUACACUGUUAGUGUAGUUGAUGGUGAUGGAAACCAAUGUUGCUGGUGGUGGUGGUGGCUGGAGCACAAGGGAACAACAACUACAUUCCUUAUUGUUGGAUUGUUUGUGGUUUUGGUUCGUGCCGCAGUGUCCCUCCACUCUUACUCCGGUUUCGCUAACCCUCCGAAAUUUGGUGACUAUGAGGCACAGAGGCAUUGGAUGGAGAUCACCAUCAAUCUCCCAAUUCAAGAAUGGUAUAGAAACAGCACCAGCAAUGAUUUGAGUUACUGGGGUCUUGAUUAUCCACCACUCACUGCUUACCAGAGUUUCAUUCAUGGCCUUUUUCUGGGAUUUGUUCACCCUGAAUCUGUUUCCCUUGUCACAUCCAGAGGUCAUGAAUCUUAUCUCGGAAAACUACUAAUGAGGUGGACAGUGUUAUCAUUUGAUUUGUUGAUAUUCUUUCCAGCUGUUCUGUACUUUGUUAUUGUUCGUUAUGGUCAACCUUCAAGGAGUCGUAAAAGUGACAUAGGAUGGCACAUUGCCAUGCUUUUGUUAAACCCUUGUUUGAUCUUAAUUGACCAUGGUCACUUUCAAUACAACUGCAUCAGCUUGGGAUUUACCAUUGGAGCUGUUGCUGGUGUCCUCUCUGGGAAGGAUCUUGUAGCAUGUGUUUUGUAUUGUCUAGCUCUAAAUCAUAAGCAGAUGAGUGCAUAUUUUGUCCCUGCUUUUUUCAGCCAUCUCCUGGGUAAAUGCUUGAGGCAUAAACAUCCGCUCUUUGAGGUAUCAAAACUAGGGUUUUAUGUUUUGGGAACCUUUGCAGCUGUGUGGUGGCCUUAUCUGUAUUCAAAGGAUUCCAUUUUGGAGGUCCUCUCACGCCUUGCUCCUUUUGAAAGAGGAAUAUUUGAGGAUUAUGUGGCCAACUUUUGGUGUGCCUCUUCCAUUAUCAUCAAGUGGAAGAGAUUAUUUACAUCAGAGUCACUGAGGCUUCUCAGCUUAAUUGCAACGGUUAUAACUUGUCUUCCUUCAAUUGAUCAGUAGUGCUACGUUACCAACUUUUUAUCUGCCAAAAUCUGCCAACUUGAGUUGGGCUGGGCAUGAAGUCCAUCUACUAAAUAAAGCCACAUCUAAGUUAACUAUGGUUUAAUCCUAAUUUA